UUAUCAUCAUCUCUAUCUCCUCUCGGCAACCACUGCAAUCCCGCACGGAUUGUUGUCUUCCCUUCUUCAUAAGGGAACACUGUCCUCUCUUUAUAUCCUACAUGCUCGCCGGAGACAAUGCACUCCACGCUCAACCGCGCCCAAGCCGUCUUCGGCUUCUUCACCAGCGUCGCGCUCUUCGUCGCCGGGCUGGCCGCGCUCUCCGUGCUGCUGUUUCCGACGGACGGGGUCACGUCGCAGGUUAAGCUGCGGGAUGUUAAGGUAACAAAAGGCCGCCCGCACUACUACUCCACCCGGAAGGAAGAGUACGCGCAGCUGCGCUUUGAUUUGGAUGCUGAUCUAACCCCGCUCUUCAACUGGAACACCAAGCAACUCUUCGUCUACGUCUACGCCUCCUACCCUUCCGACCCGACCAACACCUCCUCCGCCGCCGUCUCCCACGCCGUCGUCUGGGACACCAUCAUCUCCGCCCCGGAAUCGGCUUACUCGUUCGAUGCGCUGAAGGAGCGGUUCCUCACCUCCCCUUCCACUGCCAAGAGCAAGAACAAGAGUAAAAGCAAGGCCGGUAGCAAGAAACCCGCCACGAAGGCGCCAGCGAAAGCGAAAGCCGAACCGGGCAUCCUGAGGCUACGCGACCAGAAGGCCAAAUACCAGAUCGGGGAUGUUUCGGGCAAGAUGGCGGAGCGGGAGAAUGUGACGUUGGCCGUGGGAUGGAAUGUGCAGCCUUGGGUGGGUGCGUUGUGGUGGAGUCCUGGGUCGGGGAGCGUGCCGCGCACGAAGGGCGGGGUGGGGGUUAGUGAUGCGUUUGGGUUGCCUGCUUUGCGGAGGGUUGGUGCUGCGCAGCAGCAGGGGAAGAAGACUGCUGUUUAGGGUGUUCGGGUUGUUUUUGUUGGGGUUGUGGGUUUGUGGCUUUGAAGGUUCUCUCUCUGAUUCAAUAAAAGGAUUCAU